AUGGUUAACCGGGGACGUUCAAAAGGCUGUGUUACGUGCAAGCAGCGACGUGUCAAAUGCGACGAGGCGAAGCCCGAAUGCUGGCAUUGUCAGCGCCUCGGACUCCACUGCGAAGGCUACGAAACGAAGUAUCGCAACCUAAAGUUCAGAGACCAGACCCACAAGUUCUUCAAUUCAGUUGUUCAGAGCCAGGCGUGUUUGCCUAGCCCACGUCCGCUGGCCGAGCCCGACACCUCCGUGCCCUUCUUCCUUAAACAUUACGUCGAGAUGGGCCGCAAUCUGGAAUCUGCGCGGGGGCUCUUCGAGAUUCUGAUUCCUGUCUACCGCUCCGAGCGGCAGGGGUCGCCGCUCUCGCUUGCCAUAUCCGCGGUGGCUUCAGGGAUACUCUCCCUGUGGAUGCAUAGCGUCACAGGCUUCCAAUUGUCACGGAAGUCUUACACCAAGGCCAUCGCGUGUAUGCGCAAUGCCGUAAACGACCCCGUACAACGGAGUAAUCCGGCAACCGUGCUGGCGGCGCUGGUGCUGCAGCAUUACGAGAGUGUUGCCGCUGUAUACGACCUUCGCUCUCCCUCACGUGUACACCACAACGGCGCAGUGUCUUUGCUCCAAUUUACGGAGUCUGCCUGUAUUAAUGGGACGAACGGCGCAUACAUUCGGAGGUUCAUGCUUCAUACCGAGGUUGCAUCGGCGAUGCGCCAGAAAAGGCCACUGCAGAACAUCGCAUAUUCGUGGAUUGAAGGCAAACACUUGAUGGCUGCGCCCGAUAACCCAAGCUCAGUACUUGAUGUUAUUGGGGUAUCUGUCGCCGCGUUUCAGGCCGAUUAUAUACGCCUAGUCAAUCAAGCUGGUGCCAAGUUUUUGUCACGGCAGGUUGUAGAGGAUUGGAGAGCAGAGGCGAAGCGCAUCGACAAACAGCUUCUGGAUUGGGCGCAAAACGUGCCGGACAACUGGCGGCCGCGAAAACUCAUAAGUGGUCAAGAUAUCGACGAAUCUAUUCCCACCUAUCGAUCUAUCUGCGAGGUCUAUCCUUCUUGCCAGAUUGCCAAUAUUUGGAACGUAUGGCGUUUUCAACGCCUGUUACUCGUCAAGAUCACUGUCCACUGCCUCCAGACGAUCAUAGAGCUGUUUCAAGUUGAGCUUACAGAAGAUCAAGCCUCAGGUAUAGAUGUGGAUAUAUUCGAGUGCCAAGAGACUCUCCAAGCGCUGGUGGACUCUGUGUGCUUCAGCGUCCCCUUUUUCCUUGGCAACCGAACCAAACAGUCAACCAUCACCGACUUUACCGACUCGGAGAUUUUGAUCCCAAGCUAUCAUUCACAACCACCGGGGGAUAAAAACAGCGUGAAUACGAAGGACCACAGUGCAGGAAGAUCUAGAGACGACCACAGGGGCUCUGCCAUCGCCCAAGGUCCAUGGCACGUAAUGAGUCCACUGAGCCACUUGUUGACCCUAUUCUCGGAAGACAAUGGCCAGUUGCUUGCAAGCUUUCUCAGGCCUGGGCACCAGGAGUGGAUACGAGAGCAAUUUCAGCGUGUAACCACCUUGCUUCAUCUCUCGCCAAAAGAGCAUAGCGAGGACAGGGAGGCCUUGUUUGGCUUAUCGGCUGGAAGGGCUAAAACUACCAAGACUGCCUAUCUCGCGAGAGGGGUCAGGAAAGGCUUAAUAUUUAUGAGUGGCCCCUAA